AUGGAUUUUGGAAUGGCCAAAAGUGAACAAAAAGAGAUUCAACCAUUGUCCGGGUUAGAAGAGCAAAUGUACAAAUCAUGCCUAAAGCAAAUAGUAAAAUACUUGAACACAACACUUCCACCGUUAUCUGAAUCAGAUGAGUCGACUAUUCAAAGCACUACACCAAGCACUAAACAGACCAAAACUGCUAAGGAUUCAAAGACGGAUGCGAGAAGAGAAAGCAGGGGCAGUUAUUUGUUGAGAGAUGUGGUACCAUCAAAAAUCAGGAAGAGCAUUGAUAAAAGAAUAUCAAAGAAGACAUCCAACGGUAAAAACAGGUCGCAUAAAACUAAAAGCAAAAAACAAGCAAUAGCCUAG